GAUUCUUCUCUCUUUAUCCAUCAAACCCAUCCCUUUAAUUCCUUCAACUUCACUCCUAAUUUGGAUCAUUUUAAUUAACCCACUUCCAAAAAAUGGAUUCUUUUUCAACUUUUAAUUAUGAAGACUAUUUCUCCAGUUCCGAGAGUAGUAAUUGCCGUCUCCCCAUUUUUUCCGAUGAGGAUUUUAUGUUAGCCGCCAGUAAUCCCAAGAAGAGGGCCGGCAGGAAGAAGUUUAAGGAGACAAGGCAUCCGGUUUACAGAGGAGUCAGGAGGAGGAACUCUGGCAAGUGGGUCUGUGAAGUGAGAGAGCCCAAUAAGAAGUCAAGGAUUUGGCUUGGUACUUUUCCAACGGCGGAGAUGGCGGCUCGAGCUCACGACGUCGCCGCCAUCGCCCUUAGAGGUUUUACUGCUUGUCUCAAUUUCGCCGAUUCUGCGUGGCGAUUGCCUGUGCCGGCGUCUGCUGAUGCCAGAGAUAUCCAGAAGGCGGCGGCGGAGGCGGCGGAGGCUUUCAGGCCGUCAGAGUCAGAUGGGUCUUCCGUAGAUGACUCAAGGACGGAAAAUGGGAUGAUGAUGGAGACGACGACGCCGGAAAACUUGUUUUACAUGGAUGAGGAAGCAGUUUUCGGAAUGCCCGGAUUGUUGGAGGAUAUGGCUGCGGGAAUGAUGUUGCCUCCACCUCAGCAUUUCCGUGAUGACAUGGAUUUUUAUUCUGACGUGUCAUUGUGGAGCUAUUAAAUCAUCUUUCUUAGUAUUUCAUUGUACAUUCAAUUUAUGUACUUGUACACAAAAACUAAACUAGAAAGAGUGUUUUUUUCUUUUUUAGUAUUGAUUUUCACACACAUAUAUAUAUAUAGUUAGUAGGUUAGAAUGUGCGGUUGAUUGUAGCAUAAAAUGAUACAGUGAACCAACAAGUAUUUUUCCACCACUUACUUUUGUUGUUUCAUUACUUUCUCUUUUGGUAUUAUUGCUUUUAUUGAGGUCUUUUCUUUAUGAAAGCGAUAUAUGUUCUCAAAAGAUGCAAAUUAUUCGAAUUCAGAAAACUCAUUCUCUUCCUUA